GAACUGAGUACUAAACAGAAUCCUUCUGUGGACUGGAGAGAUGGCUCAGGGGUUAAGAGAGCAUACCUACAUCAUGCAAAGAACCUGAGAAACAAAUGAUGCAGUCUCAACUCUCAUUCCUGUUGGACGCCUAGUUUCUAAAGAAGCCAAUCAGAGACGCACAGGUUCUAAAGUACCCAGUCAACAGAAACACAAUCCACAUUCAGGCUCUUCACAGACCCAGGGGUGAGAAUGUUGCUAUUACUAUAUUCAACCUACUUGCUCCUGCUGCUGGUCAGCGCCAGGAAACUGACUCAGACAGGCUCACACUCGCUGCGGUAUUUCCACACCGCCGUGUCCCGGCCCGGCCUCGGGGAGCCCCGGUUCAUAGUCGUCGGCUACGUGGACGAUACGCAGUUCGUGCGCUACGACAGCGAUGCAGAGAAUCCGAGGAUGGAGCCGCGCGCGCCGUGGGUGGAGCAGGAGGGGCCGGAGUAUUGGGAGGAGGAGACACAGAAAGCCAGGAACAUGGGGAGGAACUUCAAAGAGAACCUGAGGACCCUGCGCCGCUACUACAACCAGAGUGACAACGAGCCUCACACGCUGCAGUGGAUGUAUGGUUGCUACAUGGGGCCCGAUGGGCGCCUGCUCCGCGGGUAUUGUCAGGAGGCCUACGAUGGCCGCGAUUACAUCGCCCUGAACGAGGACCUGCGCUCCUGGACCGCGACUGACUUGGUCUCACAGAUCUCUAAGCGCAAAUCAGAGGAGAUUGGUGAGGCCCACCACCAGAGGGCAUACCUGCAAGGUUCUUGUGUGAGGUGGCUCCGGAUAUACCUGGAGCUGGGAAAGGAGAAGCUGCUGCGCUCAGACCCCCCAAAGACACAUGUGACCCAUCAUCCCAGACCCGAAGGUGAUGUCACCCUGAGGUGCUGGGCUUUGGGCUUCUACCCUGCUGACAUCACCCUGACCUGGCAGUUGAAUGGGGAGGACCUGAGCCAGGACAUGGAGUUUGUGGAGACCAGGCCUUCGGGGGAUGGAACCUUCCAGAAGUGGGCAUCUGUGGUGGUGCCUCUUGGGAAGGAGAAUUACACAUGCCAUGUGGAACAUGAGGGGCUGUCUGAGCCUCUCAUCCUGAGAUGGGAGCCUCCUCCCUCCACUGACUCUAACAUGGUGAUCACUGCUGUUCUGGUUGUCCUUGGAGCUGUGACCAUCAUCGGAGCUGUGGAGGCUUUUGUGGUGAAGAAGAGGAGAAACACAGGUGAAGAAGGAAGCUAUGCUCAUGUUUCAGGCUGAAAGGCUUACCAUAUCUGACUGGCCUCAGAAGGCAUGUAAAGACAGUUGCCUCGUGGGGCUGAGUGACAAGUUCUAACUCUCUGAGGAUGUUGCUUUCCCCUGUGAGGACAUUUGAAGAACUGACAAGCCCAGCCCUUCCUUGCCUAUCUGGACACCUGAUUUUAUAACAGAAAAUUAUAAUCUGAUUCUUGGCUGGUUUCCUGCUGUUUUUAUCUGUUCUGAAUGAAUAUGCAGUUUUCAGCAAGGUAAUGCAACAUGGUUGUGCAGUGGUAGUGACACUGGGCAGAUGUUUGUAAGCUGGGUGUGUGGUGUGCUUUUGUUAUUGUAGGAAGAACAUGCUGUGAGCCCACCAUCCAUCCUAUGGUCAUCGUUUUAAAACAAAAUAAAAAUGGCUGGAGAGAUGGCUCAA